UACUUGUGGUAUUUUUGAUGUUGGUGGUCUGGUUUUGCUGAGUUGGAGGAAAGGAAUCGACAAUACCGCAUAUACCACAGGACGCACAGGACGCACAGACGCCAAAGAUGUCCACGACAACAUCAGCCAAAGACGAUGCAAUAGCCUUUGCCAGUCAGAAAUGCUUUCACCAAUCCAUAACCAUCGAUCCAACUUCCGCGCAUCAGAAACUCCGCGUAUCUUUUGCGACCACGUCAGGAUUUGACGACGACGGCAAGAAUGAUCUCGAGACUAUUCUGAUUUGCGGAGGCAUGGGAGCGUCACGCCUUUUGCUAUAUAGAUUAGAUGCUUUGGCGAAGAAGGAGGGUGUCAGGGUGAUUUUUAUCGAUAGGCCGGGAGUAGGUGGUUCGACACCAGUUCCUCUGGAUCAAAGAGUACAAGUAUGGUUGGACGCCGUGCCCGCCGUACUCGAGCAUCUAGGCGUCAAGACGAUAUCAUUACUAUCCCACUCGGCCGGUGCGAUUUACGCCAUCAACACCCUCCUCCUGCUCCCUCAUCUCCUACAUCCCCAGCACCCAUACGCCGCUUUUUUAACUCCAUGGGUCCAUCCUUGUUUCUCUUCAGCACCGUUGAUGCAGGUGGUUGAUAAAUUGCCCUCUGCAUUGGUAGGAUCGCUGCAUCAUAUCACUUCUUUCGUGGGCGGAUAUAUCGCUCCUUCCGUCCAAUUUUCUUCGGGUAUGAUGGGCGUCACGGAUGAUUUGCCAGAGGACCAAUGCCAAAACUACUAUGAUAUGAGCAGUAAGAGUUGGUCAGAAGUGUGCAAAUUACAAGGCAAAUAUGCCAGAUUGGAGGAUAUGAGUGGCAUCUCCGCCGAUGCAAACCUCUGCAUGCAAAAAGACAGCAAAGACUGGUGCACCCACACCUCCCUCCCCACCACAAUUUCCUCUCUCCAACAACUCUAUCCCCAGCAAUCACGUCCCCUGACCAUCCGAGCCUAUUUCGCCGCAUCAGAUCAAAUCAUAGGUAGAGGCGGCCAAGUGUAUUUCGAAGAAUGCUGGAAAAGGGGGAAUGAUGCACAAGGACAAGUGGAUUUUGCAGCAAAGGGUGUGGAUGAUACGGAUCAUGAUAAUAUCCCUUUAGUGGAGAAGGGGUGUCUUGGGGAGAUAUUCAAAGAGAUCAAGGAUUUGAACGUGUGUGAUGGAUAGAUAUCCAUGGCAUGUAUGCAAAGUUGACGGCGGGUGAAAAAUUACACAAGAGGUGCAGAAGAGCAAGGUAUAUAUAUAUCUACAUCAUCGAGUGCUGAUGCCCUAUCUCCUCCA